AUGCUUCCCCUGCUCCCCCUCCUCGUCUCAACCACAGCCAUAACAGGCCUCGCCUUAGCUGCAACAACAGCAACAGCAACAGCAACAGCGAGCAAUGACCCCGGUUGCAUCCCGCGCAGCUCCGGCUCGCUGGGCUUCCGGCUCGUAGUCAACGUAACCGACCCAUCCAAAGACCUAACCCCAGCAGUGCACGGGCGAAUGUUCGGACUGGCACACAUCGGGCCGGCGCAGAACCGGGCCAUAGCAUCCGCAGGCGGCAUCAACAACGGACCCAUCUUCUUCCAGAACGGCACGUCCGCCGACGCGGUAUUCGAGCGGACGGGGGUUCUAACCGACGGCGGCGGCGGGGACGGGCCGUCGCGCUUCCCCGAGGCGCUGCAGUACGUGACGGACCAGAACGACACUGACGAGGAGGGCGCGGGCGUCUACGUGCUCGCGGGCGGGGCGGGGACGGGCGAGCGGCUGACGCGGCUGACACAGCCGUACUCGUACUUGACGAUUCUGGGGGACGCUGCCGUGGUGUCGAACUUCGUCGUGUGUCCCGGAACGAUCCCGUACUACGGCAACGCGACGAAGUUUGCGCUUGUCAACUGGGUGCAGGCGACGCGCGACGCCACGGGCACGCACGUUGUGGUGCCCGACGGCUGCGUCGCGGUCAACCUCGUCCCGCAGUGCGCGUCCCUGGAGGCGCUGCCUGACGGCGCGCCGUACACGCACGACUUUGUGCAGGAGGUGCGCUGCUACGACGACGUGCUGGCUGUUGACUGGAGCAAGUACCCGUACUAG